CUCGCGAGAACGCGGGUCCUACCGCUCUGCUGUUUGUGUUUGUGGGGAGGUCUGAGAAACGCGUAGCCUUCCAGCUGAUGUCUCGCAGUGACCAAACUAUCACUGGGUAUUGCAUGUACGUACUGAAGAAACAAGACGGAACUACAGUCGUGGUGUGAGUGUGGGGAAGAAACCGUUUACACCCUCUUCCUCCGAGUCAUUUAGUCUGCUAGACGGCUCACAGAAGACCUUAUGGCUAGAGGGCUCACAUGCGUCCUUUAAAACGAGGAGGACCUUGUAUGCGCGAGUUGUGAUGGGGGAACAAGGGGCACAGGAAAUGGAUAGCCAGCUGCUGCGGAGACCCUGUGAGAGAUUCGAUAUUCGGUGGACUUUUCGCUUUCUGUGGGCCGUCUGUACAGCGCGAGGUCUCGGGCUGAAUUCUCCGAGUGGAGCAAGCGUUUUCGGUCCAGUUUAGCAGCUAAGUUUUCGCCUUUAAGUUCGAAAGAAACCGCGACCCGAUGUGCUCUUCUCUUCACCUCGCCAAACGAUUAUGCCAUUGUUUUGCCUCGCACCACGGGGCCACUGAUGGAGACCUAUAGACGGAUAUAAUCCCCUACUGUGCUAAAAUCUGAUAAAAAGGAACUGUUUUGAAAGGUUUAGUUGACUGUUACAGACUCUCCCGGUCCGUGGUUUUCAUUCACAGAGGCGUGGACGCGAUGAGAAAUGGAUAAACUAACCAUUAUCUCAGGAUGUCUCUUUCUCGCAGCAGAUAUUUUUGCCAUAGCAAGUAUAGCAAAUCCCGAUUGGAUCAACACAGGGGAGGCUGAAGGUGCACUGACAGUGGGCCUCGUUCAGCAAUGUCAGACCAUCCAUGGGCGCGACCGCACCUGCAUCCCGCCGAGCCUGCCUCCCGAGUGGGUGACCACGCUCUUCUUCAUCAUCAUGGGCAUCGUCUCCCUCACCAUCACCUGCGGCCUUCUGGUCCUCUCGCACUGGCGACGUGAGGCCACCAAGUACGCACGCUGGAUCGCCUUCACAGGAAUGGUUCUCUUCUGCAUGGCCGCCCUGAUAUUUCCUAUUGGAUUUUACAUCGACGAGGUCGGCGGACAGCCUUACAAGUUGCCCAACAACACGGUUGUUGGCUCCUCCUAUGUACUCUUUGUUCUCUCCAUUUUCUUCACAAUAGUGGGACUACUUUUCGCAGGAAAGGUGUGCUUACCUGGGUGACUUUUUUGUUCUUCUUCAAAUGUUGUUGUUGCCAAGUUGGGGAGAAAACGAAACAAAGAAGCCUGUGAAGGACUGAAGAGCAUUUUUGUUUUUAAAAAUGCAUAGUGAAGAAGGGGGACAGGAGACGAGGCACUUGUGUUUCCAGAACUUUCCCUCCUGUAAUGCACUAUAGAAGAUGAUGGUGCCACUCCAACAAGGAACGCUGAAAGAGGGCGCAGAGUACAGACCAAAAAAAACGAAAACGCCAUGCCAUAAAACACCAUGCUUGCUGCUCACAGCGCAGCAGCACACACACCAUACAUAAACUCCAGCUUCAGUCUUCAUCCUUAUUUCCCCUCACAUUUCAGUGGUCACCCUCCCAUGUUCACGAGGUCUGUGUUUGUUAGGGAUGUUGUCUUCUUGGAAAGUGUUACUUGGAAGGGCGAGCGAAAACCGAAGAUGUCUUUUUUUUUUUCCUUUUUCAAAGGGAACUUUGUAAAUUAAAAUAUUUAAAAAUGAAGCCAGUCACGAGUGCUGGCCAAAUGGACGUGGGGGCUGGCCACAGAUUCGUGGAAAAGUGAGGACAUGUGCAUCUCCACAGAGGGAAGGCCUCAAAGGUAUGACUGAUCAACAGAAUCCAACCUUGUCAAAGAGAGACUUCAUCGACAAGGUGAUUUUUUUUGUAUGUUAAUGGUUCAAUUAUUGAGCUAAUAAAGUUGUUUUUCCCCUCUUCUGUAAACGCACUGCAGCAGGGUAUCUCACUCACCUAUGUUUUUCUUGCUCUAUUUGCUUCAUUCAAUGUGUCAAGUGUGUUUCGUUAUUUUUGUUGCCCAAUGGAUCUGUAGAGCUGUAACCAUGUCAGGAAGCCCUGUGAUGAAGCUGAAACACUUGGGCAAAACACCAAGAGCCAUUAUAAACUGUUACAAACCAAAAAUGACUGGAUUAUUUGUUUUGGUUGGUGUAUUUGUUUUUUUAACUUUGGAAUGGGCAUACAUGGGGUAUUGUAACCUAGAAAUGUUUGAUAUUACAGAAGAAUGUGUUUAAAAGUUUUGCAUACGUGUUGCUGACGUUACAACAGAUUUUCCCCAACAUCUCUGUUUGUAACCUCGGAAAAAGCGUUUCUACAACAUCAUAUUUUUCUGCCUCUGACCUUCCACAGUUGGCACACCAUGGUAGCUAUUUAAAGCUAUUCCGUUUUGAGCUCAAUAUUGCCUCUUUGUGAGGUGCACAUGUUUUUUUUUUCUUUUACUUCAAUAGUGUCUCUCAGUUUCCAUGGCAACUCAUACAUACAGAUACAGUAGCAUUGGAGGGAGCAGUAAAAGCUUGAGUGGCUUUUACCUGUGUAUAUAUAGCUCAUUUAGCCCAGUCUUACAAUCAUUGGAAUGGAGCGAUGAUGAUGGAUAGCUAUUGUGACCAAAAUACUGUAUGCAUCUAACGGAGUGGGUGGCGAAUUGUGUUGUUACCUGACCCUGACCUGUCCCUGACUGUACUGUCUUUCCGAGAGGGUAUUUUUUCCCUGGACAUUGAAGGAUUGGAGUGACGAGUCAGCACAAUGUUAAAUCACUCUAAACCUUCAGUGAGCCUUUGUCCUGCACCUUAUCCUGGGAUGUGCACAAUUUGUCAACCUCCGCUGGAUGAAUGUUGCCAUAUGCUUACAAGAAAAAAGGUCAAUUGAGUUCAGCUUUUUGUCAGACAAAGAUGGCUACCAGGGCUUGACAAAGUUUUUGCUUACCAGCCUGCCUCAGUUGCUAGUGGUUUUCCCAGAGUCACAGGCCGUUCAGCCUUUCUA